CGUUACAACAACAACAACAACCACCAUCCCAGCAUACAUAGUAAAUAUUCAAUACGCUCUCUGUCGCGUAGCCGAACCGCACAAACAUUUGCGAAAAUUUUGUGAAAAGGAUGACAGAAAAAAAUUCGACGCGAACUGCUUGCCUCUUUCCGCUCGUGGGAUCGUACAGAGCGACACCAAACGAAAAUUUGCCGGUAAUGAGCGACCAAAGAUUCGCCAUGUGAACGCCGUCUUUGAAACAUUGAAAUGAAAGUUAAUUCGCUUUGAUUGAAGUCUAUUUAUCCUGAGCAAAAGUUUCCAUGUCUGGACACAGUCUAGUGGAAAACACAAAAAUCAUUUGCACAAUAUCUCCUGCUGUAUAUUAUUAUCGUUGUAACUACAAUCUAUGCCUUUAUGAUAAUUAUUUACCUAGUUACCGGGUAAACUAGUGUUGCGAUUAUAUUGAAAAAUAAUGGACAAUGAAGGGGACAUGAUUUAUGAAGGAUUUUCAGAAAAUACUGCUUCACCUUUGUCUUUUCAAUUUCAAGCACUGGCAAUUAAAUUUGCUCAUGAAAAAAAUUUAAGAACGCGACGCAAGCUUUUGGAAAAUUGUAAAAAUCUUCUGAUGGCUUUCAAGCGAACAGUUCUUAUUAAUCGUCGUAGAUAUCAACAAAGGAUGCAACGGCGACAGUCAUUACUGCGCUCUUCUUUUAUGCAACAUCUACUGGAAUUAGAAACAAACUUUUACGAACUCCUUCCAAUAUCUAAUUUAAGUGACAUUCAAUUAAAAAUUAAUGAUGAAACACAAAAGUAUACUUAAACUGAGAAAAUUAUGUAUCUGUCAAUCUUAUAAGUAAAAUCAACCAACAGUGUUUCCACAAGGUAUAAACCGGGUUAGUACGAAAAAUAAAUGCAGUACGUAAUAUAAAAA